UACUUCAUUUACAUACAGUUAAACAUUUUUAGUCUGAACCAAGUCGUGUUGCCAAGUGCGCGUCAAUUUUGUUAUUAAGUGAUAAAAACAAGAUAAUAAAUGGCACCAAAUAGCGGUCCUGGAUACGCUUCACCACAAGACGCAAUUCUCAAUGGACCCAGAGAACAGAUCCUCUACGUCUGUUGUGUCCAACCGGACUUAACGAAACCGGCAGGGGAUGUUCUGGCAACAGUGGACGUCGAUCCAGAAUCACCCACCUACUGCCAGAUCAUUCACAGAUUGAGAACAGGCGCUUCCAACGAUGAACUGCAUCACAGCGGGUGGAACAUCUGUUCCAGUUGCCAUGGAAAUAGCACAUGUUGUAAAAGGGACAAGUUGAUACUGCCUAGCUUGUUGUCCAAUCGGAUAUUCGUGGUGGAUACUGGAACCAAUCCUAGGGCACCAUCUUUUUAUAAGAUUAUAGAGGCCGAGGAAGUCAACAAGGUUGAUUGUACUGCUCUCCAUACCACACAUUGUUUGGCAUCUGGAGAUAUAAUGAUCUCCUGUAUGGGAGACAAUGAGGGAAACGCCAAAAGUGACUUUGUUUUGCUAGAUAGUAAAACAUUUACUGUGAAAGGUACGUGGGUUAAAGGCAAGGCUGCCAAGUUUAACUAUGAUUUCUGGUACCAGCCUUACCACGAUAUCAUGGUAUCUUCCGAAUGGGGUGCGCCAAGGGUAUGGAAGAAAGGAUAUAAUGCAGAUAACCCCAGCGAUCCUGAGGCAUAUGGUAGAAGUUUGAACUUCUAUUCUUGGAGCAAAAAAGAAUUAAUUCAAACCAUUGAUUUGGGUGUAGAUGGUAUAACUCCUUUAGAAGUCAGAUUCUUGCACAAUCCCAAAGAAAGUCAAGGGUAUGUCGGUUGUGCUGCAGGAUCAUCGGUCUUUAGAUUCUAUAAGAAACCCGAUGGUACAUGGGCAGCAGACAAUGUCAUAAAAAUUGGAAAGAAAAAAGUCACUGGGUGGAUAGAAAAAUACAUUUCAAGUUUGAUCAGCGAUAUUAUCAUCUCCCUGGAUGACCGAUUUCUGUACUUAAGCAACUGGUUCCACGGUGACGUCAGGCAGUACGACAUAACUGACAGAGAGCAUCCAAAACUGAUCGGUCGGUUAUACCUAGGUGGCAAGCUGUUAUCCGAUUCCAAGAUAAAAGUUCUGGAUGAUCCAGAGAUGCCGACUCAGCCCGAUCCUGUAAUCAUUAAAGGAAAACGAUUCUAUGGAGCGCCUCAAAUGUUGCAGUUGUCAUUGGAUGGAAAAAGGUUAUAUGUAAGUACAAGUUUUUUUUCGCCUUGGGACAAAGAAUUCUAUCCAGAAACAGUGAAAGAAGGCGGGAGGAUAGUUAAAUUUGAUAUUGAUACGGAAAAUGGAGGCAUGAAGUUGGAUGAGACGUUUCUGGUUGAUUUUUCCGGAGGCGAAGAUGGUCCAAUUCUGCCACACGAAAUGAGAUACCCUGGAGGAGACUGUACAUCAGACAUCUGGAUGGUUAACGAAUAAGACUUUUUUGUAAGAAUAAAUCAAGGAAUUUAAUUAUAAUAAAAAAUACCUGUAUGUUCUAUUUUUUUACCUCUAAUUCUAGUACCUACCAUUAAGAAGGACCAACAAAAACAUAGUGCAUAUAAUUACAUAAGACAUUUAUAAUUUUAUAUCUAUAUUAUAUAAAAUAUGCUACUGUAAUCAAUAGAAUGGUACCUACCUACAAGAAAUGUUUACAAAAAUAAAGUUCUUAUAACCUUA